AUGAGGCGACAUGGGGUUUACGAUCCCUUCCAGAACGCUCGGCCUUCCGAGGCGCUGCUGAAAUCGGUCUACGCCCUGUAUUGGAAGGAGGCCUUCCUGGGGAGCUGCGUGGCGAUCGCGGCGGACCUCGUGAUCUCCGCCGGGCACCACUACAACGUCCUCAAGGACGACGUUGGAGACUUCAGCGUCCUGGUGCGGCCGCAGACUUGGGUGGCAGUCGAGUACGCCGCGAAGAGCAGCGCGCACGACGUCCUGGUGCUCUGGCUCGGCGGGGCGGUGGGGCACUUCACAACGCUUCGGGGGUUUUUGCCCCCACUGCGGGCCCGGGUCUCGACGGUGUGGCUUUCGUUGAAGCCCCCCCACGAGCCGGUGGUCUCACCGGGGGUGGUGGUCGAGAGCGGGGCCGCGGGAUGCCUCGCGCGGGGGACGGUCAGCACGACGGGGUCGAGCGGGGCGCCGGUGGUCGACACCUUCGGGGACUUCGUCGUCGGCCUCCACCUCACCUCCAACACGCGGGACGGGUCGCGGGUCUCCGGGUUUAUCCCCGCGCGGAAGGUGGUCGCGGUGUUGGGCGAAAUGGGCGUCAUCUCGCGGGUGCCCACCAAAUCGUCGUAG